AACUAGCAACAUGAGCAUAUAAAACAACUAUUGCUUUCUUCUUACAAUUCUGUGGCCGGUUUCAACACUUAUUGCUUUUUAAUGAAACAACAUAAAAUUACUACGCUAAUAGCCACAAUUGCAGCACUAUUGCUGUCAUGCACUGCCACGCGCCAGUGUGUCAAUUGUGGCCCACACCCAGUUCCAUAUCCGUUAAGCACCGGACCGGACUGCGGUGACCCGAGUUAUAAAAUCCGGUGCAUCGGAGGCAUAUUGUGGUUCGAUGCACUUGCCGGGUCAUCCUACAUGAUCAAGUCCAUCAACCCGACAACCCGCCAUAUCAUAAUCCAACCUGCCACACUGGAUAGAAGCGCGUGUGUAUCGACGGACUUCCAUUGUGAAGGCAUUCGCCUCAAUGAAACCCUUCCUUUUGCCAUUGCCACCGGCAACACUAUCAUUUUGUUGAAUUGUACCAUCAACGCGCCUCACGCACCGCCACUCGACUGCUCCGCAAGUAGCCCGUGCCACAGUUACAUUAAGGACCAUAAAGAUGCCUACGCGUGCGAGCGCGUGCCAACUUGUUGUGCCUACAAAACCGGUGGGCCCCACAAGGAGUACGAGGUUCGAGUUCGCGGUAGUGGUGGUUGUGCGGCGUAUCAGAGUUUUGUGGACUUUAACGGUGUGUCAGGGACACCAGGGAAGGGGUGGCCGGAGUUAGGGGUUGCAAUUGAGUGGGUGGCACCACAGGAACCGGUUUGUAAGGGGCCAAUGGAUUGCAAUGCAUUGUUGAAUUCCAAGUGUGGAGUGGGUCCCACAAGUGGUGGGGUGCAAAGGUGCUUGUGCAUUGCUGGCUUCAAGUGGGAUCCUGCUAGUGGGUUAUGUCAAGGUCUAGGAGGUCGAGGUCAAGCUCAAACUCAAGUUCAGAGUCAAAUUUCAAGUAUGUUGAAAGCUAAAUUCAAGCUCAAGCCUGUUAAAAGCGAGAACUUAGAUAAAAAGUGCAAAGGACAUGAAAAGGGUACCCGCUGCAAAGCUCGGCAGAAAAAGAAAAUGGCCAUGGCUGCUGUGGCUGCUUCCUUAGGUGGAAUAAUCACCAUUGCAGUAGUAAUUGGAGCCCUUUUAUACAAGAAGCAAAUUGAAAUGAAGAAAAAAGCAAAGAGAACCAUGAACAAAAAGAAGAAAGAAAUAAUCACAAGUGCCAAAGCAACUCCAUUGUCAUCAAGGAUCUUCACGGGCAGAGAGAUCAGGAAAGCAACCAACAACUUCGCGGAAGAAAACCUCAUCGGCUCUGGUGGCUUCGGCGAAGUGUUCAAAGGCACCUUUGAUGACGGAUCCAUAACUGCCAUCAAGCGUGCCAAGCUUGGAAGCACAAAAGGCAUUGAUCAAAUCCAAAAUGAAGUUAGGGUACUCUGCCAAGUUAACCAUAGAAGCCUAGUGAGACUCCUUGGUUGUUGCUUGGAGCUAGAGCACCCUUUACUAAUUUAUGAGUAUGUUUCUAAUGGGACACUCUUUGAUUACCUCCAUCGUCUCCCUUUGGUCGGAGUAGGCGAAAGGCAACCACUUAAAUGGCACACAAGACUAAAAAUCGCACACCAAACAGCCGAAGGACUUUCAUAUCUUCACUCUGCGGCCGUGCCCCCAAUCUACCACCGAGAUGUAAAAUCUAGCAAUAUUCUUCUUGAUGACAAGUUUGAUGCCAAGGUUUCUGAUUUCGGCUUGUCUAGGCUUGUUGAAUUAGCUGAAGAAAACAAGAGUCAUAUCUUUACAAGCGCGCAGGGGACUCUUGGAUACCUGGAUCCGGAAUACUACCGAAACUUUCAACUGACCGAUAAGAGUGAUGUUUAUAGCUUUGGAGUUGUGUUAAUGGAGCUACUCACUGCUCAGAGGGCUAUUGACUUUAACAGGGAGGAAGAGAAUGUGAACUUGGCAGUGUAUGCUAAGAAGAAAAUAGUUGAGGACAGGCUUAUGGAGGUUCUUGAUCCGUUGCUUAAAGAUGGAUCUAGCAAUGUGGAACUGGAAACUAUGAAAUCUUUGGGUUAUCUUGCAGCUUCAUGCUUGGAUGAUCAGAGGCAAAAAAGGCCUUCCAUGAAAGAGGUUUCUGAUGAAAUUGAAUACCUUAUUAAUGUUGUUAAGGGUCAAGGUUUCAAAUCCAAAUUAUAGACUUACUAUGCUCCUAUUCCCCUUGAGACACCGACACUUCUAAAUGAAGAUAAAAAAAACCAUGCUAUUUGAAUUAUAGUCCGUUACACAUCUCAUUUACUAUUGAAUGGGAUGUAGAACUUAUUUUGAUUCAAGUCAACAUUGCCUCUGGUACUAAAUGUAUUAUGAGUUGGUCAUGAGACAAGCCAUGUAUUUACAUAUAAUACUAUUCUACGAAACCAAGAGUUAAUGUAUGUGUUCCUAGUAAGAAUUAUUAUUUUAGCUUUGAAAAUUUUCAAGUUUCUUAUUUUAAUUGCAGGGCUAGCUA